AUGAAUUUCUGGAAGGCAAUGACGCAGCCCUCAGAGAAGCGCACUUACCGCUGGGCUUCUGGCUACGAAAAGACUUGGGAUGCAAUAAAGGAGGACCAGUCGGGGAGUUUGGCGACCGACCUAGAGCGUUUGGUUCGUGAUGCCCAUGCCAAACUCAGACAAAAACGGAGGCGCUCAAAUGCCGCUGGGGAAACUGGUUUCUUGCGCUUGGGAAUGAUGCGUCACCUUUAUCUGAUUUUGGAUUUGUCAUCUGCAAUGAUGGAGCGUGAUUUAAAACCAAACCGACUUCUUUGCUCAAUCAAGUGGCUAGCGAAGUUUGUGGAAGACUACUUCGAUCAGAACCCCACAAGCCAGUUAGGAAUUAUCGCCAUGGCUGGUUCGAAGACUGAGCGCAUCACCGAACUCUCUGGCAGCCCCGCCCGCCAUUUGGUAGCCCUCGAGGAGUUGUCCAAACGCCAGUGCAUCGGAGAGCCGAGCAUUCAGAACGCCCUUACAAUGGCAGAGUCUCGAUUAAGGUACAUGCCAGCACACAGCUCCCGGGAGAUCAUCCUCGUUGUGGCCUCCUUAACCACGUGCGACCCAGGCGACAUCCACCAGACCAUUCAAAGCCUCAUCACCCACCGGAUCCGCUGCAGCGUCAUCUCCCUCGCCGUGGAGGUCUUCGUGCAUCGCGCGAUUGCCGAGGCGACACAAAGCUCCCUCCACGUCAUUCUGGAUGCAGCGCACUUGAAGGCAACACUCCAAGAGCUUGUGCCCCCUCAGACUGUCUCAGAAGAAUCUGAGGCUACUCUUAUUCGUAUUGGUGAGUUCAUCUUGUUUCACCUCCCAAGUAUUCUGAAUAACAACGCUCCAACCGUUGGCAGUUGGUCACCUCUCAAAGCAACAGCCUCUUACAUCUGCCCUCGUUGUCGUGCCGUCUACUGCGAAUUGCCAGUGGAGUGCACGGUGUGCGGUAUUACCUUGGUGGCCGCUCCACACCUCGCUCGAGCCUACCACCACCUCUUUCCCCUUCUCACUUUCACAGAAGUUCCACGCUCCGAGAAUUCGUCUAUUUCAGAUGGUGGUGGACCCUACUGCUGCGCCGGCUGUGGCGUUUUCUUGUCUUCAAAGCCCGCGAUUAAAUUUUCACCAAACGGACCCCAUCUCGGCAAACUGGUAGGGUGGGGUCAGACCGACGUGACGACAAGGGAGGGGGGAGGGGAGAGACGGGAUGUGGACGGCAGGGCCGCGGGCUUGCUGCCCCCUUUAAGUGCCUCCGUGCACGUGAUCCGCUGGCUCUGGCGGGACGUCAGAGGACCCACACCUCCGUUUGUGACUCCCUUCUUCGUUUUGCCGAGGCCACCAACUGUGCUGGUCAUCCUAGACGCGCACAAAUCCAAAAUACGCGAAAAUCAACAAUACACACUCCAAAUGACAUCGACACCUCUAAAUGAUGGAUUGAGCCCAAGACGACCAGACUUGUUGCACUCCUUGGACGAGGACGGCUACCCAUCACAGGAGAUUGUCCUUGCCGGCUGCAUGUUCGACAGAUGUGGCCUGAGGUGUCAGGUUGAUUUGCAGACCGUCCUUCGGUCUUCUGUCACCUGUUUCGCCACUGCGGGUACCGCCCAGCUGACUCACACCCGAGGCUGCGUCGGCCCAGCCUGCGUACAGCAUGACUCAGAGCCAGUUUUCCACCCAUCGCGCUUCACUCCAACGUUCUGCCUCCCGCCAUUCACCCCAUCCUCUCUCCCUCUUCCCACCAUUGGGUUGAUGAACGUGACUCACAACGUCCUCCCUUCCCUGUUCAUUAGCUGGUGCGUUCUUAUGCUUGCGCUGGCGAUGUUUUAG